AUGCAGUGCUUGGAAACGGAUCGCAGCUCCAUCAACCCUAAGCACACCAAGCAGUUCCCAUCGACCUUAGGGAAAGAGCCGAGUCUAUACAUCAGGAGCUCGAACAGCGAGUGGAGUACAGGAAAAGCGUUGGACACCUGCACUGCUAUCUGGUGCCAGGAUAAUGUGCGCUAUACUAACGGCUUGACGGACGCUCCAGUUCAGACGCCAACGUGGUAUAGAAGCCAGAAGAAGCCAGUGGUUAAGGAACUCGACAAUAUUCUCAACUGGGCUAAUUAUCUAGCCCACGGACUCAGACAGAUUCAUCUUGGGGGUUUAUCUAUCGAACAUCGCGAAGAGGCCUAUAACGGUCUCAUUUUAGCUGUCAUCAAGGAUCUCGGUCAGGUCGUCGAAUUGAAACAGCUACGCAUUCAGGAAGGAUCAGACUUCGCCGCUCUGGUGGAGCAGCAAGUCCGUCCACAACACCGUAAUUCUUCCUCUAUCGUUAAAUAUAUCAAAAGCACUAAGAAGCACCAGCAUGAAAUUUUUCCGCUCUAUCGACGAGUCAGAAAUGCAAUACGCACAUGGAGGGAGUACGGCGCGAACAAGGAAGUCCUAGAGGCAAUCAAAUAUGGCGUACGGCCGGUUUGGGGGCCGAAGGGACCUCCACCACCAUCGCAGACGGGAAGGUGGAUAAAUAUUCCGGCAGUGACAGAAUUAACACGGCUGGAAACACAGGGAAUCAUACGGAAAUGUCAGGAGUCCGAAGCAUAUGUGAUUCAUCAAGCACUUAUGAUUCUCAAAUCAGACGGACUCCGGGCACGUCUGAUAAUGAAUCCGGAGAGUAUCAACUCUCACGUCGAAAAAAAGAAAAAUUCGCGCAGAGGGUCUAGAACGACUGGCACAAGUUGCCAGGCCGGGGGAUGUAGCUAUGUCCGCCGAUAUAAAGAACGGAUUCUAUUCGUUGGCUGUGGAAAACCCGCGCCUUUGGCAGUUCAGAGAUCACACCGGCCAGCUCUGGUGCUUCCUGGCUCUCACAAGGGGCGCGUCGUUUUUUCCGGCCUGGCUCAACCUCCUCAUGAACGUAGUGAGGAAGGUCCUACGGACCAAGGGGAUUCGUAUAAUCCUGUAUAUGGACAAUCUACUGUUACUGGGCCGCACACGGAGAAUCAUCCUGCGACACUGUCGUCUGAAAGUACACCUCUUCGGCAUUCUAGGACUGGAGUUUGCAGACGGGAAGGGAUACUGGGUAAAACCGGUACGCAAGCUUCAGCUCCUAGGCGUAGUCAUCGACUUACGUCACAACAAAAUCAAGAUGACAGAUAUUACCGGGUCACCAAUUAA